UAAACAGAACAAGGAAGUUUAACCUACAUUAAAAUUCCUAGAAGAAACGACACAUUUUUGCUGAGAUUGAUUUGAUAAACUAUUUAUUAAACAUGAAUUAGACGCAAUCAACGUGUUUCUUUGGACUAAUGCUUUUAUGGAAGUGUCUGGAAGAAGAGACGGAAAGGGAGAUUACUCGUCAUCCCUUUCACGCAGUUCUGAUGAUGCCGACCAGCUGUACUGUCUACCGUGUAAACAUGAUGGAUCUCGGGUACCAGCCUUUGGAUACUGCAAGGACUGUUCAGAACAUGUGUGAGACAUGCUACAAAAGUCACAGGAAACCAGCACCAUGCAGGAACCAUAUCCUCCUAGACAAGACUCAAAUGCCAAAAACCAUGAGUCCGGGUAAAAAUAGUCUAGACUUAACCGAAACAUGUGAUCAACAUCACGGUAAAGUCAUAGAAUAUUAUUGCAAGGAUCAUAAAUCUCUAGGCUGCAGUCCAUGUAUGACGAUGAACCACAGAAGUUGCAAAAUAGACUACAUUCCAGAUGUUUCUAGUAACUACAUAGCCAGUUCACAGUACCAGAGUCUUCUAAAAUCAUUGGAGACUUUACAUGAAAAUUUGAAGGCAAUCACUAAGUCUAUAACAGAGAAGAAGAACCGCAUUCAAGAAAAUCAGGAUAGAAUUAAGGCAGACAUUCAAAAGUUUCGACAAGAAAUCAACGCUACACUAGACAAAUGGGAAGAUCAGCUUUACAAAGAUGUUGAUAGUCUUUUUUCCAGAGAAGAUCAGAGGACAGAUUCAACACUAACUCACUGCCACGAAAUGAAAAGAAAGGUUGAAACACAGCAAAAGAGUCUCAGAUCGUUCGAACAAGACCAGAAAUGCAACAUGGUGUUCAUACAUGGCAAGAAAAAAGAAGAUUCAAUAAAAGGGGACACCGGAAUCGAAGAAAAAUUGAAAGAAGAAGCCAAAGUUAAGAGUUACAUAUUUCAACCAAACCAGGCAAUCAAAAGUCUACUGAAGACAGAGACUACAUUAGGUACGUUAUUUAACACUGAGGAGGAGUCCAAACCUAAACAAUUACAAGACCAGGCUGCAGACAAUAAAACAGAAUUAGCCGUGCGCGGUCAGUUGCAGCCAAGACAUCAUGCAAGCGUGUCCGCUUCUGACAUAUCUGUUUCCGUAUUAGGUAAAAUUUAUUCUAAGACUAUCAGCGAUCGAAAUGAUUGCAGAAUAACGGGACUUGCAGUAAUUGACAGACAUAGACUUGCUGUUGCUGACAACAUCAACGGCGCCAUAAAAAUUAUUGAUGUGAAGCGAAGGACAAUCAUUUCCGAGUUAAAAAUGCUUUCAGAACCAUGGGACGUGACAUUGUUACCAGACGACCAGCUUGCAGUUACACUUCCUUAUAAAAACAUGAUAAAAGUUUUCUCAUUUCAUAACGGCUUAUCUAAAGUCAGGCAAAUGUCAGUUAAUGAGUUAUGCUAUGGAUUAGCUUUUUUCGAAGGAAGUCUGAUAGUUGGGAUGAAAUAUGGAGAAGUGAAGAUGAUAAAUCUAUCAGGGAAAGUUUUGAAUACCUUUGUCUGUGGUGAAGCAGAUGAUGUCUCUUAUAUAACAGUAUGUCCAAAGUUAAGAUAUAUCUAUGCUUCAUCUGGUAGGAAUGUAACUCGUUUCAAUAUGUCCGGAGACGCGGUAGGACGGUUUACACAUCAAAGCCUUAAGCAGCCACAUGGACUAGCUGUGUUGGAAGAUGGUUCUAUAUUGGUAUGUAACUAUGGUAAUAACAGCAUUCACCGGAUUGCAGAAAGUAUGAAAAGCUGCAGGAUAAUACUGCAGGAAACAAAUUAUGAUGUGAAGUCCUGCUGUAUGGCGCUCGAUAGUGAAGAGAUGAAACUGUACAUAGGCAGCGGCAGUGAAUGCAACUACAUAAAAGUGUAUAGUCUAAAAUAAGGAAGACUUUCCUGGUCACUAACUUUUGAUGUCUGUCAUAUAUAAAGUGUUGUUUUUUUUUCUAGAAAUAACCCAUGCCCCUCUUUCGAAUGAUCACUGCGUGAAUUUUAUUAAUAUGGCAUACUCUAUGUGCUUUUUGUAUCUGUUUAUACAAUUUCAAUUAUAUUUUAUCUGCAAAUUUGUUUAAGGCUUUUUAAUCCGAUUUACUUUUUUUAUUAAAGAUUACUUGAUGACAUACAAGUUUCAGAAAAUACAAGUAAGAAUUUCAUAGAGAAAUAUUAAACAAGAGAACCAAAUCAUUAAAUACCGUGUAAAACAUGUCUUUAUUUCCAGGCUAUAUAUUUAUAAGUUUCUAAUCCAUUUGAAAAACAAUGUAUCACAGAAUUGUUGACAAAUUUAAAUCCUACGAAGCUAUCAAUAAUGCUGAAUAAACGACGAAAAUGCUAUUUUCACGUGUGUGAUAUUACGUCUGAAGGGCAUCAAUUUUGUUUGAAGUUCUCAAUAGUGCAUAAAUCAGUAUAUUAAAAGUACUUUGACAGUG